UGGGCACAUGUGGGUGGCACUGGUGGGCACAGGUGGGUGGGCACAGGUGGGUGGCACUGCUGGGCACAGGUAGGUGGCACUUCUGGGCACAGAUGUGUGAAAUUGCAGAGUGGCACAGGUGGGUGCACUGCUGGGCACAGGUGGGUGCACUGCUGGGCACAGGUGGGCGGAACUUGCGGGUGGCACUGCUGGGCACCGAUCAUCAGGGCACUGAUCAUCAGUGCCCUGAUGAUCGGUGCCGAUCCCCGCUCUGACAACUGCCGGUUCUCGGCAGUACUUUCCUCGCGAUCUGACAGCGUGAGGAAAGUGCAGCCGAGAACCGGCACUUGC